UAUCAGUUAGUUCUUUAAUCGUUCGCCACUCAGGAGUUGUGUCCCUUACUGUGUCAGUGUUCCAACACGGAAGUGAGUUCUCCUGUUGGUUGAAGGUCAACCAGCAGUUUUGGGACUGAACAAGAAAGCUUCUAUAGAUUCAUUUUUUAUUUUUUUUAUUUUUAUGGAACUGACAAAUAAUAUAAGAAACUAAAGUUGCCCACAAUCCUGAUAGGUUCAUUUGUUGCUGUGAACGCUAAACACCGCUAAGCACACACUAAUCCGUGGUCGGUCCUUAAUCUCCUGCAGACAACACGGUACUCGCUGCGGACCGUGCCAAAGUGGCUCUUUACGCAUAAUCUUCGCUACACUCUCGCUCCUGUGUCUGUUUGCGUAAAGGCAGAGCAGUUCGAGCGGACCUGCCUGCCUCUGCCCCCUCUGCCUCUCCUCCCGGUGGGCUCUGUGAUACUUCAUGGUGUUUGUGCCAUCUAGGGUUAUCCGCCGCUCCAUUGCAGUAUUUCUAGCGCAGAGGCUUCGCACCGAGGGUCGCACCUCUCCGUCUCCUCGCUCUUGGAAAAACAAAAAAACUCCUGAAUUAUUGAAAACAAACAAAAACCUUUUUUUUUUUUUGGAUGUACUAUUUUCACCUUUUUUUAAAAAAAAAAAAAACAACAACAACUUUCGACUUGGAUGGGCGUUUAGGAACCAAAGAGAAGCAAACAAUCACAAGGACAUAUUGUGAUUUCACUGACAAGUAACUAUACAGCACCGCGGGGAGGAAACAGAAAAACGCCUGUGCCAUGUAGCAACACUUUGGAAAUACACAGACGAGCCCACACACCAGCGAGCGGGUUAUUUUUACUUGAAGGGGGGAAACUGAAAAAUAUGCUGUGAAGCUCUUCGUCGCAGCUUGGCUCCAGGCAAAAGCGCAGGUUUCCAGAGCAUCUGCUGGUGGAAAAAAAAAAAAAAAUCUGUCAAGGAGAGAAGUGCGAGACAAGAAGCGAUAUGCGGCGGGCUAUGCAGCUGGUUUUGCAGUUCGUCUCCUGGAAUUAGUGGAUGCAUGGGGAAGGGAGCGGCUGUAGCCUCGAACCAGGGAAACAGAAUAUACUGUGUAGAGCCUGCGGUGACACACAAUGGAUACUUGUCCGUCUCUAAAGGUAUCCACAGAAAGUAACCUGAUCGUGGAAACCUGUUCAGUGCAGUGGAGGUGAAAGAGUGAACGGAUGAGGUGGAGGACUUCUUCCUCAGCGCACACAGAGACGACACCUUGCACCGUUCAUCCGUAGGAGGAGGGGAAAGACUUGGUAUUGUUUGUUGCCCGCAGGAGGAAUUCAAGGUGACCUGAGAGAUCCAACAGAGACAAAUGUGACAACUAUCAAGAAGAGUUGUUGUGCGAUUUGGACCCCCACCUUCUUGACAUGACUCAAUAUGUGUUGGGAUAAAUGACCUGACCAAACCACUGAUCCUGUUACUGCUGCUUGGUCAUCGUGCUCUUUGAGUGUGAAUGUGUGGCCUAGAGGUGUUUCCGAGGGACCAUAUGGCACAAUACCACACAAUAUAGGUCCCCCUUGUAUAAACUAACAUGGACAAAGUGGUCAUCAGUCUCCUGCUUCUGGGAACCGCAGUUAUGAUGGUCCAUGCAUGUCCCAAAUACUGUGUCUGCCAGAACCUCUCAGAGUCUUUGGGGACUCUGUGCCCCUCCAAAGGCUUGCUCUUUGUCCCACCGGACAUCGACCGGCGAACUGUGGAGCUCCGGCUGGGCGGCAACUUCAUUCUCAAGAUCACCACUCAGGACUUUGCCAACAUGACAGGUCUGGUAGAUCUUACCUUGUCCCGCAACACCAUCAGCGCCAUACAGCCUUUCUCUUUCAUUGACCUGGAGACCCUGAGAUCCCUGCACCUCGACAGUAACCGGUUGACUGAGCUGGGACCGGACGACCUCCGAGGGCUUGUCAACCUGCAGCACCUCAUCCUCAACAACAAUCAGAUGAGUCGGAUCUCCAAAGCAACCUUUGACGACUUGUUACUGACACUGGAGGAUCUGGAUUUGUCAUAUAACAACUUGCGCAGUGUGCCUUGGGAAGCCAUCCGCAAGAUGAUCAACCUCCAUCAGAUGAGUCUGGAUCAUAACCUUAUCUCUUUUAUUGCCGAGGGGACUUUCACAGAUCUGGAUAAACUGGCCCGAUUGGACCUCACCUCCAACCGUCUCCAGAAGCUCCCUCCGGACCCCAUCUUUGCGCGCUCCCAGAGCAGUAUAUUGAUGAGCACUCCUUAUGCACCUCCACUCUCUCUCAGCUUUGGUGGAAAUCCAUUGCACUGCAACUGUGAAGUGCUUUGGCUUCGAAGGCUGGAGCGUGAGGAUGAUAUGGAAACCUGCGCUUCUCCUGCUAGUGUAAAGGGGCGCUACUUUUGGUCUGUACGUGAGGAGGAGUUUGUUUGUGAGCCCCCCCUAAUCACGCAACAUACACAUAAGCUACUGGUGCUGGAAGGCCAAACGGCUAGCCUGCGCUGCAAAGCAGUCGGUGAUCCGAUGCCAACUGUGCAUUGGGUUGCUCCUGAUGACCGUUUGAUCAGCAACUCCUCCCGAGCAACAGUAUACGAAAAUGGCACCCUGGACAUUACAAUCACCACAUCCAAGGAUUACGGGACCUUUACUUGUAUAGCUGCCAAUGCUGCUGGGGAAUCUACAGCCUCGAUUGAGCUGUCAAUCAUUCAACUCCCCCAUCUGAGUAAUGGUACAAACCGUACCACACAGUCCAAGUCGGGGCUUUCGGACAUAACUAGCUCUACCAAGAUCAGUAAAGGGGAGCCUAAACCUAUGCCAGAAAAGGUGGUGUCUGUAUCAGAAGUGACCGCCGUCUCUGCUCUGGUCAAGUGGACUGUUAGCAAAUCAACUCCAAAGGUCAAAAUGUAUCAACUUCAGUACAAUUGUUCGGAGGAUGAAGUCCUCAUUUACAGGAUGAUUCCCAUGACUAACAGAGCUUUCGUAGUCACAAAUCUUGUCCCAGGGAUGCAGUAUGACCUCUGCGUCUUGGCCAUCUGGGAUGACACUGCCACCACCCUUACUGCCACCAACAUUGUCGGCUGUGUCCAGUUCAUCACCAGGGAGGACUACCCGCAGUGCCAGUCUCUUCACAGUGGCUUCCUGGGUGGCACCAUGAUCCUGGUCAUUGGUGGCAUCAUUGUGGCCACGCUACUGGUAUUCAUCAUCAUCCUUAUGGUGCGGUAUAAGGUGACCAGUGGCAUCCAGACUAAUAAAAUGCCCACCGUGAGCAACACAUACUCACAGACCAAUGGGGGGUUGAACAGGUUCAACGGUGCCCCACCACAAGUCAAAUCCACAGUGGUGGUCAUGCGUGAGGAAAUGGUAGAGUUCAAGUGUGGAUCCCUCCAGAGCAGUCUCUCUUCAUCCUCAUCCUCUUCUAACUCAUUAGACAGCCAAACAGGAAGGGGGGCUGGCGACCGCUACAGCAUGCAGGGCAGCGAAUGCAGCACCCUGCCCAGCAGUAAGUUCAGGAGGCACGGGCACAGCGCCAAAGCACGGCCAAACCUGGAUCACCUUUUAGGGGCCUUCACCUCACUGGAACUGCGAGGGGUAGCGAGGGACCACCAAGGGGCUUCUGGGCCCUCCACCACUUCCAAUGCCAUGAUGACGGUGGCUAUGGCACCCCCGUCCGAUAAAGAACCCCUGCUCGGGAGGGCUGAGUCCACCACCAUGCUGGGACGUCUCCUAGGGCUGCCCCAGGAGGGUAAGCCCAAGAGGAGCCACUCGUUUGACAUGGGUCAUGUGGGGGCCACACAGUGUCGCAGCAGCUACCCUCGCAGGAUCAGUAACAUCUGGACUAAGCGCAGUCUGUCUGUUAACGGCAUGCUGCUGCAGUAUGAUGAUAGUGAGGACGAGAAGCCCACUUUUGAGAGCUCUGAGUGGGUGAUGGAAAGCACAGUUUGAGUGCAGUCUGUCUAACUGUAAGGUCCAUGGCCAAACAAUAAAUCUGUAUCAGGAACUAAAGGAACAUGAGUGUAGAGGCAGGGAUGUUCCAGAGGGAAUCAGCCUUUGGGUAUUGCAUGAAGUUCAUCCAUGUGAAUACUGUCUAAGUAAUUAUGUGAAAAGACCGUCAAAGUGAUUUUUGGCCAUGAUCUCAAAUCUCUGACAGUGUCUAACUGUAUUUGAAAUAUUGUUCCCAAUUCAAAACAACACGGAAUCUUGGAUUGUGCAGAUGGAAUAAUUCCUUAUCCACAGGGCACGUGAGAGUAUCUCUGAGAAAGCGGGGAAAGAAAGAUGAGAAAUUCAAAGUGGAUUUACUACAUCUUUAUCAAAAGAACUGAAUGCCAAGAGGACCUGCCUCGACUGUGGUGAACUGGAUGUGCAUCACAAUGUCUUGGACGCUCAGCAUGAAAUGGGACUACUGCAGCAGCAGAGACAAGGACCAGACGAGUGAAUCUAAAAAGAAAACAAAGUCAUUUUUAUUUUCAUCUGGGUUUUUCUAUCAUUUUUAUUAUUUAUUAUUUGAGGUGAUUCAUCAGCAGGCAGAGGCACAGCUCUUUAAUGACGUUAUAAUGGUCGGUGAUCAAAAAAACACAGAAGCUUCACAAACAACCAUUUCACACCAUUCAACAGUACUUUCAGUCAAAUUUCAAUCAAACACAAAUUGAAAACAUGACUUAUUUUCAAAUAACAGUAUGGUCCUAUGCUCUAGAUGUUAGUAACACUGAA